UCUGUAUGGGCCCUCUGCUUGAAAGCAUCCAACCACGCUCUCCAGAAUUGGCUCUUCAUCAACUUAUAUCACUAAAGCAGACGUGAUCUACACACACCUCCAACCUCUCCUCCUUCCCGUGCAUGAAACCCUAGCUGAUUUGCCGAGCACUGCCUUCCAUGGCCUCAACUAGUAAUCCUACUAGGAGACAUCGGUCGGUGGCGGCGCCGCUUCCUUCCCCUAUCCCCACGGCAAGAGGAUCCCGGUCCGCUGCGGACGAGAUCUUCUCGAGGUACCUCGAGGCCUCCCUGCGCGUCCCCGAGCUAGCCAUGCCGCGGCCUCAGCAUCCCCCUCGCCGAGCGCCGGAGGUCAUCGAUCUCGAGUCGCUCGUGCUGAGGGACGGGGCAUCAGUGCACAGGCUCAUGAGGUCCGCCAGAGAGUUUGGCGCGUUCCGGAUCCGCGGGCACGGGGUCUCGGACGAGGCGUCACGGUUGUUGGUGAGGGAGGCCGAGAGGGUUUCGGAAGUCCUGGAGAAGAAGAAGGGCAUCGACCUUCGUGAGGGAGGCGAUUUCGCCGGAGAAGGGCGCGGUCGGGAUAAGGAAGAGGUGAUGAUAAUUUGCUUCAAGGGAAGAAUAAGAUGGGGACAACAUUAUGUCGAGGCCGAGACCUAUCGAAACCUUAGACGAGCGACCGGGGAGGUGACCAGCAAACUCGACGUGGUAGCGCAAGAAGUGAGCCAAGUUCUUUCAGAAAACCUGAGGGCGAAGCCUGAUGAGCGUUUUGAAAUGGUGGAACCAACCCUGUGCGUGUACGGACACGUCCAUGAUCGUCAUAUCAUCGUACCCAGCCCAGACGCACAGCAAAGCCACAAGGUGGACGAACCUUUCAAUUACGCUUUCAGCAUGUACCUCCCCGUCGGGAAACACAGCGGGUUCUACCUCCGGACAUCGCGUUCUCCUCCGUAUGCUUUCCCUGCAAGCCCCAGCACAGUACUUGUCGCCUUAGGAGAACCGGUUGAGGAAUGGAGCGAUGGAGAACUCAGAUCUGCUUCAUGGGAACCCAUGUUUGGUCACUCGCAUGGGACUGAUCAUGACGAUCAUAUCCAAAACGAUGGAGCUGAGACGUUCUUCUCCUUGGAGUAUAAGUGCUCGCCUCCUUGGUUGAAUCCAAGUCGCGACACAACUCAAAUGGUGGUCUCCAUUUGCGAUCAGAUCCUAAUCGCCCUUUUCCUCGCGUGCCUGAUCUAUUCUCUCGCAUUCCUAUUUUCAUCAGGUGCGGCACGCUGAAAGAACGGGGAUCCUAAUGAGUACUCGACUCGCUCAAGACAUUCGAGAUCAUGACACGCCACUCUGGAAAGUUUAAGGACGACGAUCCAUGUAUGUGUCGUGCACGGCACAUGCAUAUAUAACAUAUAGUUUGCUCAUGAUCACUACUAAAUGCUCCUAUUGGUAAUGUUGUGUGCAUUUCCUCUGGAUACGUACAAUGUUAAGGUAAAAGAAAGGCGAAUAUGAUAAGAGUAUGUGAUGCAUCAAUCCAUUUUGCUCCUUG